UUGAUGACACCGAAGGUCUCAGACGCAUUGCAUGACCUUUCUACCUAACCUACUCAUCCACCCGCCACAUUCUUCUCUCCUCGAUCAGGGGCUUAGAGUUCAUCCAUAUGACCGAAAACCCAACACUCUAUUUUUGGAACCCCAAAACCAAAAACCACCAUCGGAUGUACACAAAUACACACACUCCAAUGGAUCACCCAAAACACUCCUCUCUCGGAUUACAUCUUACCUUCCUCUCUUUACUCUUGGCUUGCGUUGUUUAUCUUUGCAUAUGGUUGUCUUCGUCCUCUCUCAUAAACCCUCUCUUUCCCUUUCAGAAACAUGACGUCGACUGCACUGCGCAAAUCCCGAUCGCAGCCGUGACCACCACUACGGAAUUUAAUGUGGUGGAAGACGAGCUUGAGACCGUCUUAGCCAAGGCCUCCAUGGAUAACAAAAGCGUGAUCAUUGCCGUUAUCAACAAGGCAUAUGCAGUCCAAGAUGUGAAGGCAGACACCACCAUGCUUGACCUUUUCAUUGAGAGUUUCUGGCAAGGGGAGGGGACGAGGACGUUGGUCGACCACCUUGUCCUUGUGGCGGUUGAUCAAAUCGCCUACGACCGCUGCAUGUUUCUGCGGCUCAAUUGCUACCGGUUAGAGACGGACGGUGUGGAUUUUGGGGGAGAGAAGAUUUACAUGUCUGAAGACUUUAUCAAGAUGAUGUGGAGAAGAACUUGGUUGCUGUUGGAGGUUCUCAAGCGUGGCUACAGCUUCGUGUUCACGGAUACUGAUGUGUUGUGGCUAAGGGACCCCUUCACAAAACUAAGCAAAAACGAAACAGAAGAUUUACAAAUAAGUACGGAUAUGUUCUUUGGGGAUCCAUGGAACGUCAGUCAGUUAAUCAACACUGGCUUCUACUACAUCAGAUCCAAUAAUAAGACCAUUGCACUGUUUGAUAGAUGGUACACCUCCAAGGACAAUGCCACGGGACUAAAGGAGCAGGAUGUCCUAUUGAACCUAAUCCGAGGGGGUAUUGUUGACGAGUUGGGACUUAGGGUAAGGUUCUUAGACACCCUAUAUUUUAGUGGUUUUUGCCAAGAUAGCAAGGAUUUCGGGCAAGUGAGCACGGUCCACGCCAAUUGUUGCCGGAGUAUUGUCGCCAAGGUUAAGGACUUGAAGGCCGUCCUCGGGGAUUGGAAGCGGUUCAAGAAGUUCAUGUCCCACAAAAGGAGUUCUGGAACAAGUACGAGGAGUUUCCAAUGGACUGGGCAUUUUGGAUGUUUGAAUUCAUGGGCUGUUCCUAAUAACUCUGGUAGCAACUCAUAAGACAAGAAUAAUGUAUUUUUUUUUAUUUAUAAGAAGACUUGAGUAAUGUUAAGAGAAAGGUUAAUCAUUCGGAAAGGAAA